AUGGGUUCAAUCUGCAAAUGUCAAGCUUUUGAUCUUUAAUCUUGCUAAAAUGAACUCACAUUUGCAUCAAAAAAUAAAAGAUAAUAAGAAUAAAUGAUAUUAAAAAAUAAACUUGGUGUCCCUUUUUAAGAUGAAAAUUUAAAGGUCUUUUAUAUUAUUUACCCAAAAAAUGAAAAUGAUUUCGUUUAAUUGUUCAAAUAACUGGAAGUUAUUAAUAAAAACGAACAAUACGAAAUAGAGGAGUAUUAUUAAGUGAGUCAAAGGAGUUAGAAUAAUGAAAUUGAUAGUAAUUUUAACUUAAAUGGUGUUUCAGAUGGAUCAUUCAAGUAAAUGCAUCUAACAAGUGAUAAAUCUCUUUAAAUUAUGGAUUAACAAAAUUGA